CUUCGUCACUUGUCGCCUCGCGCAGGGCAGCCCAGUUCUGGUGUCUGGCGGCGAAUUUAAACAGCCACCAUGUCGAGCAAAAAGGCAAAGACCAAGACCACCAAGAAGCGCCCUCAGCGCGCAACAUCCAAUGUGUUUGCCAUGUUUGACCAGUCACAGAUUCAGGAGUUUAAAGAGGCCUUCAACAUGAUUGAUCAGAAUAGAGACGGCUUCAUCGACAAGGAAGAUCUGCAUGAUAUGCUUGCUUCUCUUGGGAAGAAUCCAACUGAUUCUUACCUCGAUGCCAUGAUGAAUGAGGCUCCAGGCCCCAUCAAUUUCACCAUGUUCCUUACGAUGUUUGGGGAGAAGCUAAAUGGGACCGAUCCGGAAGAUGUCAUCAGAAAUGCUUUUGCUUGCUUUGAUGAAGAAGCAACAGGCACCAUUCAGGAAGAUUACCUGCGGGAGCUGCUGACUACCAUGGGAGAUCGGUUUACGGAGGAGGAAGUAGAUGAGCUGUACAGAGAAGCACCUAUUGACAAAAAGGGGAAUUUCAAUUACAUUGAGUUCACGCGCAUCCUUAAACAUGGAGCAAAAGACAAGGAUGAUUGAACGAACUUAAGCUAAAACCUUCCAGUUACCUUGUCUUACUCUAUUUUAUUUCCAACACACUUUCCCCUCACCCUCAUAGGACUCAUUGCAUGCACUUAGCGUCACAGCUUUGCCCUUUUUUGGAUGUAUUUAUUCCAGACCUUUCUGCCACUUAGCACCUUGUAUAAUCAGGUUGGGAAUGGGAAUAAAGUUGUAAAUUGUAUUGAAAAAGAGAUUAUGAAUAAAAAUCAACAAAUGUGAAAUCCCAG